GCUAAGUUACCUGUGUGAGUUGUAGACCGAAUUAGGACACUUGUGUGCCUGGGUCACAUACGAGUAGACUCUCGAACAUGUCCGUUCGACUGUUGCCCAGCUACUCAGCAGCAUCUUCUCACAUCCCUGAAAUGGGGCUCCCCUCCGAGUCCAAACCAUCUGUACACUCUGUACCAAUAAUCAAUCUAUCGAAACUAUGGAUACAAUCUGUCGAAAAGAAUAAGGUGCUUGAAGUAUGGAGUACCUUAUCACCAUGGUUCGCAGCACACGGCUACGCUCUCUAUACUCAAACUUCAGCCUGGGAAGCACAACCAUCCGGUUCUCCAAUUUAUGCUCUUAGUAGCCGACCUGUGCAAUUCCCCUAUGCUUUUAUCGACAGCAAAGAGCCAAAAGAUCGAGCAUUCUGGCCGAUGAUUGGACUAUUUCCUGCAGUCAAUUCACAUCAGCGAGACGUCAUCAUUAAACUCCUCUACAAUGACAGUCCCGAAUUUGCGAUAUUCAAGUCCCUUGCAGCUGAACCCAUGCGCAGUGAUCCUUUGAACACGACUAUUCCUGCUCUUGAAAUUUUGUCGUACGACGACGAAAUUUCGUUCAUUGUCAUGCCUCGUUGGGGCGACAUAUCGUUAUGGGAUGGCUUUGACCGUCUCGAGACGGCAGUAGAAUUUGCUCUAUCUUUGAUUAAGGCUCUAGCUUUUCUUCAUAAGAAUCUCAUCGCCCACAGAGAUAUCAAACUUGACAAUAUAUUGGUCAAUAAGUAUCAUUCGAGUGAAAUCUCACCGAGCCUCCGCAGUUUUUUUGCUUCGAAGAAAGCUAGAUUUGCGCUCUGUGACUUCGGUUUAUCCGUCAAGUUCUCUCCAGAAACACCUCCGUGUGCGAGAGUGUGUCCUGCAUCGGAAAGCGAAUGGGGAUAUUUUGAAUUUCAUCCACCCGACGCUGCAAAUGGGGAAUCAGUCUACGAUCCCUUUGCAUAUGAUGUCGCGUGUCUAGGAGGUCUCCUGUGUAAGACCAUUGGAUAUAUGACGCCCCUUAUUCCGCCUCUUGCCCCCUUUCUCGAUCGCAUGAUAACACCAGAUAUUUCAGCUCGGUACACGGCGUCUGAAGCCUUGGAGGCCUUUGUUCAGCUAAUGGAGAGCCUGGACUCGGAGUUCCUGGGCAAGACGCGUGCCCCAUCUCCUCCGGAGGGCUCAACCUACAUAUGGCAAGCGUAUGAUCGAUGGGCGAAUCUUCCAGAGGAGUUUGUACGUGAACAUUUCGCCAAAUGUCCUCCUGUCCGGCCUAGACGAAAGGUGCAACUGCUCGACGGUACAUCCUACUUUGUCGACUGGAACAACCUUACGGAGUUUUAGCUAUCAAUUCCUCGUUACCAUAUUAUGGAUCUGUCAUGGGUAGAAUACCUAGUCUACAAUCGCCUUGCGUUUUCUGUUGCAUUGCACCUGCUGUCGGGCCGUCUGAUAUCAGCCUAAGUUAACUCAGUGAAUUUGACUCAUACAAAUCAUUUGCAAACAUUCUACUGGAUCGGACGACAAUACAUCCCAAUGCCCACG